AAAAAAAAAUGCUUCAGGCAAAACGUCGUCGUUUUGCUAAAGGGAAGGAACAGGGCAAAAAAAACAUAUACCCCUAACCAUCCAAACACCCUUCAUAAGUAGCUUCUGAGCCCAGAAAGCGAAUCCAAACAGGUCCAUAAUUGCGCAUCAGCCGGUGGGGUUUAACUCACACACACUGCAACACUAAAACCUCUGGUUUUACGCACACAGUCCCGGUAUCGCUGAAUAUGAUUAGGGCUGCGACGAUCAAUACUCGAGCCCUGUGUCUUCGCUUUUCUCUUUCGCUUCUCGUAUUUGCAACCAAUCGAUCAACGAAUCAAAGCUUUUGCUGUUCUGCUUAGAUUCUGUGAUUUGUGCAUUGCUUUCUUUAGGUCAAUGAUUAUGGUGUUCCUCUUCAGUUUUUGUAGUUUCCAGCUAUGAUUGCUACUGAAACUAUAGUAAUGAGGAAGUUGAAGAUCCAAACUGAAUCCAAACAAACUAAGACUGAAUCUACGACUCAAUGCAACUUUGGCCAGCAGUUGGUGCCACGUUUCGCAGUUGACAGAAAUUUGAAUUCUGCUGAUAACUUAAAGGUGAAGUUCUUGGAACCAGGCUGUCACAAGCGGAGACCUGCAGGAUUGUUAGAAAGUCAAAAGGUGAAGAGGCAGAAGAUAGAUUGGAGCGUGUCACAGCAGUGUUCUACCAUUCUGAAGAAAUUGACGACUAAUCCAUCUGCUUGGCCUUUCAAUCAGCCAGUGGAUCCUGAGAAAUUGAAUAUUCCUGAUUACUUUUCUAUCAUUUCUGAACCCAUGGAUUUGGGAACGAUAAAGACCAAACUGGAGAAGAAUUUGUAUUCCAGUGCUGCAGAGUUUGCUUCUGAUGUCAAACUGACCUUUUCCAACGCCAUGCUGUAUAAUCCUCCAGACAACUAUGUUCAUCUAAUGGCCAAGGAUUUAGAUAAUAUGUUUAAUUCAGGAUGGAAGUGCUUGGAGGCAAAAUGGAAUUGUAAGAGCAAAAGAGAUGAGCAGUCAUCUAUGUCAAGUGAAAGACCAAAGAAUAUUGAUGUUUCAGGGCAGAAUAGAUGUUUUCUGAGCAGAAAAGAUGAACAGGCAUCUGUUUCAAGUGGAAGACCAAAGAAUAUUGUUGUUUCAGGGCAGAAUAACCAUAAAACACCUUCAUUGCGUGUUAGUUUGCAGCCCAACACCUUGACGUCAGCUAUGAAGAAGCAAAAGCUAACAGAAGAGCUUGUGAGAGUAUUAAAGGGAAAUAUGCCACAACAGCUGGAGUCGUUUUUAAAAAAAUAUGGUUUCAUCUGCCAGAAAGAAGAAAAAAUUGAAGUGGAGAUCGAUACAUUGGAUGACAAAACUUUAUGCGAGUUGGAAAGAGUGAUUAGGAGUUCUUUGGAUAUAAGAGCUGAGUUGGAAAGAGUGAUUAGGAGUUCUUUGGAUAUAAGAGCUGCAAAAGUGGAGCCUACUAAAAUGAAAGACAAUGGCAGGCCUCAAUCUUCAGGGAAGAUGUUCCACAAAGGUAUGAAGUGGCAGAAUACAAUUUCUGUUACGGGUACUGGAAGUGCUUCAGGUUCUGCCAAUAGCAAACCUUCAUUGGCUCUCUCCAAAUGUGCAUGUGGCAGUGUGAGAUGCCAAUGUGGACGUCAAAAUGAUUUUGUCUGUUCAUCUUCAAGUGAUUUAUCUUCAGAGAAAUCAUUGGAACAAGAUGAUCACGAUGCUUGUAGAACGGACUGCAAGGUACAAAUGGCAUCUUCCCAGAUGAGCAAAUCAGAUUCUGAUGGGGCCGCAAGUGCUUUGGAUGAAGAAAAUUUUUGUUCUAGUCCACAACUUUUGACACUUGCUACAACUGCUGCUUCUGGGGAAGCUUGCACACCACUUAUUGAUGUCCAACUGUCACCAAAGAAGGCUCUCCGUCAUGCAAUGCUAAAGAGUCGCUUUUCAGAUACUAUCUUGAGAGCAGAACAGAAGAUACUUUUAAAUGAUGGUGGUAAAGCUGAUGUGUUAAAAAUGCAGCAGGACAAGGAAAAAAUGGAAAGAAUGCAGCAUGAAGAAAUGUUAAGAAUUCAAGCUGAAAUCAAGGCUGCUGAAGCUGCCUCGCGACUAAGAGCAGAAGCUGAACUGAAAAUGCAGCGGGAGAGAGAAAGAGAAGCUGCCCGACUUGCACUAGAAAAGGUAGAGAAGAGCGUGGAGAUUGAUGAAAAUUUGAAGAUCUUUAAAGAUCUUGAGAUGCUUUGUGGGUGUUCGCCAUUUGGCCGCUUCUGUAACGCGUUGGAACAGCUCGGUUUGUAUAUAAAGGAAGAGUACCUGGUGGGUGAGAACGAGGAUAUAUAUUCAUAAAUCUGAAAACUCUUUCUUUUGUCUGUCAUUUUCACCAACUCUGAUUGUAUAUUAUUGUUUAGUGGAGUGGGGAAAAAAAGGUUGGGUGUAAAUGAUGAUAUUCUCAGUGAGGGAUUGUAGAUGAGGCAAGAAAAAUGUUGCAAUAUAGAUGAGUGGAACUUAUUAGGUGGGACAUUGGUUUCUCAUCCCCAUUUUCUGAGAGGGGAUGUAUUUGGAUUUAGGGAUAUUGGAAACUGUUUAUAAUAUAUAGCUAUAGCCUGAAGAGGGGGCUUCCAUUGAGUUUCAUCUCUAUGACUCUGUUGUAUUAUCAAUGCAAAGUUGAUGUUACCAUUUUUCAGAUUA